AUGAAGUUCUGUUGCUACUCAUGCCCUUGUUGUCUUCUUUGUAUAUUUGCUACCAUUCUUCUUGGAGGAGCUAUUGCUGCAAUUAUUAUUUCAUUUUUAUUCAAAUCCAACACUAACACUACAUCAAUAACAAUCGUAACUUCAACAACAUCAGCAACCUCAACAUCAGGAACAACAUCGACAUCAGCGACAACAUCGACAUCAGCAACUACAUCGACAUCAGCAACUACAUCAACAUCAGUGACAACAUCGACAUCAGCAACAACAUCAACAACGACAACAACAGUAUCUAUUUCAUCAACUUUAUCCAGAUUGGUCAGUAACAAUGACACGGUUGUGGGAAUAUGGAAUACAACUGCCGGAGGUAAUAGUAGUCCAUCCACAACUGGUGGUAAUGUUGGCAAUUACUGGACUGGUGAAGUACCAACAAAUGUAUUCGAUAACAACACGAAUACGAAGUAUACCAGUUUUGGCUAUUGUAAUAGUACUGGUUCAUCCUAUCGUGCAUGCGGUCAGAACACUGGUUUAUAUGUAACAUCACAGCAAGGUGCAUCAUUGUUAUUUGGCAUACAAUUUUGUACAGCUAAUAAUCAACCAUCACGCGAUCCAAUGACAGUGACAGUUGAAGGAAGCAAUAAUACUGCUUCUACAUUAACCCUUGGUUCAAGUUGGACUCUCAUAUACAACGGUUCGACUGGUCUUGAUACUGAUCCAGGUCGGAAAGUAUGUGGAUCAAUAUUAUAUAUUUUAAGUAAUUAUAUCGCAUAUGUGAGCUAUCGAAUCCUUAUUACUUCGCAAAGAGCUUUUGAUGAAGCUGUUCAAUAUUCAGCAUUGAAACUGCUUGGCUAA